UUACGUCAUACACUUACUUUAUUACAUAACCGACAGAUGGCGAGGUAUGCUUGGUGUUUGGUUUUAUGGUUUUGGAGUCGUUUGAAAUUUACUGGAAAGAAAAGGACUAAUAAUCGCGGACAUGGGUAGAACAAAAUCGGUCACGCGAAGCCAAAAAUUCGGCAAAUUAACUAAAGGAAUAACUCAUAAAAUCCACAAACCGAAAAACAUAUCACGCGAAUUAUUUCCAAAUACUCCCGGUACUUCCCAAGAACUCGAAGAACCUUCGCUUUGCAACACACCUAACGAUAACCAGCAAAAUAUAACCCUAGAAAUUCAUCAUGAAGAUGUUAAAAAGGUUAUUGUUGAGUACAUUCCUUUCGCUGGCCAAUCACCAGCAGAAACUAUUCCAAAUAACGCGAAUCCUGCAUUAAAUACAAUCAUACAGGAUGGCCCUUCUAAGGAGAACAAACCACCAUUUCCCAUUUUUACAUCAGGACACAAACCCAAACACGAACCGGUAAAAACUAACACACAAAAACGCUUAAUAAAAGUAAAAAAAUUCAUCAAACCGGCGCGCAAUCAAGCACUCCUGGAUUUCGGGCAAAAAAAAUUCGGGAUCGUCCAGUGCCCCCGGUGCGAGUACGUUUACGACCAAGGGGAUCCCCAAGACGAAAUGAAACACGAGGACCACCACACCGGCAAACGCCUGCUAAAAUUCGCAGGAUGGAGACAGGAGCGAGUCAUCGCGGAAGGCGAGGGCGAAAGAAUCAUAAAGAUCCUGCCGCAAGAUUCGGGAAUAUGGAGGAGAAAAGUCGUUGAUUUAAUGGAGUUUAUUCAAAGAGAGUUGGGCUGGCAUUACAUCGAAUUUUCGUUGGAAAAAUGCCAGGUUUUUUUAUACAUCAGAAAAAAGAGAAUAAUAGGGUGUCUCGUCGCGACGGAAAUGCCUCACGGGUAUAAAUUAGUAUCGGGUACUUCUGAUUCGUACGCGAACGUUCCGUGUCCCAUAAAGUGUGGUAUUCCCCGUAUAUGGGUGGCUGAAUCCUGCAGAGGAACGGGCGUGGGUACGCAGAUGAUGGACGUGUUGAAAUCGCAUUUUUUACCGGAUGUUUCGCUCGAAAACUCCGAUAUCGCCUUCGCCAUUCCCAACGAAGAUUGCAAGGAAUUCGCCAAAAAAUAUUUCCGAAACGAUAAUUUUUUGGUAUAUUUUUAGAUAGUUUUUUAUGUAUCUAUUAGUUAUACGGUUUUAUUUAUUUAUUUAUUGUUUACUAACUAUGUAAUUUUUGCGUUUUCUACUAACCUACGUUCGAAUAUGUUUAAGAUAACUUUGUGAUAAACGAGUAGAUUUAAUUCGCUUGUUAGAAAAUAACGGAGAGUUUAGAAAAAUUUUCGUUGUUUUCACUUCGGUAUCCCCGUAGAAAUUUCUCGAUCGCGACACUCUAAAUACCAAAUAAGACGACGGUAAUGUUAGAAAACUGCUAUAAUUUGAAAGAGAAGAUUUGCGAAUGUAGAAAUGUUAAUAAAUUUCUUCGAUUUUACUUCCUUCAAGUUGUAUUUUCUGUGUCACAGAAACGAUUCGAAUUAAAAAAAAUCCUAUCUAAAUUUAAACAAAGAAUACUAAAGCGUUGUAUUUUUAUGGUAUUUAAAGUGUUUCAAGUUGUUCUUCGUAAAUAAAAUUUACACAACAUAAAAAUUUCUGGUUUCAUUCAUUACGCAUUACUGUUC